AUGGGGAGUACACACGAGUUGCAAGGCGACCCCGAUGCAGCGAUACAAGCUUACGAGCAUGCGUUACGGCAUAAUAACUACUCAAUACAAGCCCUUAAUGCCAUAUCGUGUAUACUCAGGACGAAAGAGAAUUUCCCUCGGGCGAUAGAAUACUUGCAGGCAAUCCUAAAAGUUGAUGGCAACAACGGUGAAGUUUGGGGUAGCCUCGGACAUUGUUAUUUGAUGAUUGAGAAUCUGCAAGAAGCCUACGCGGCAUAUCAGCAAGCUUUGUAUCACCUUCGAGACCCAAAGGAACCAAAGCUCUGGUAUGGGAUCGGAAUACUAUAUGACCGAUAUGGCUCUCUCGAGCACGCGGAAGAGGCUUUCUCCCAGGUGAUGCAUAUGCAGCCCGACUUCGAGAAGGCCAAUGAAAUUUAUUUUCGCCUCGGCAUAAUAUACAAACAACAACAGAAAUACCCAUCCAGUUUGGAGAAUCCUCCUCGGCCGUUGACGGAAGAGGACAUCUGGUUUCAGAUCGGUCAUGUCUACGAGCAACAGAAAGAUACCGAGGCUGCAAAGAACGCUUACCAUCGCGUUCUUGAUCGUAAUGCACAACAUGCCAAAGUCCUACAACAGCUUGGAUGGCUCUAUCACCAAGAAAGCGGGCUUUAUCAGAGUCAGGAGAAGGCCAUCGAGUAUCUGGAGAAAUCUGUCUCAUCUGACAAUAAUGACGCACAAAGCUGGUACCUGCUUGGCCGAUGCUACAUGUCGCAAAGCAAGUACUCAAAGGCCUAUGAAGCAUAUCAACAGGCUGUAUAUCGAGAUGGUCGAAAUCCAACAUUCUGGUGCUCUAUUGGCGUGCUCUACUAUCAGAUCAACCAGUAUCGAGAUGCUCUAGACGCGUACUCACGAGCCAUUAGAUUAAACCCUUACAUCUCCGAAGUUUGGUACGACCUGGGCACACUGUACGAAUCAUGCAACAACCAGACAAAUGAUGCCUUGGACGCUUACCAACGUGCCUUCGAUCUCGAUCCUUCCAACAUGCAUAUCAAAGCAAGACUGCAACUCCUCCGCAACAAUGGCCAAUCAACAGGCAUGCCAAAUCAACAAGGAGCCCCAGUUCCUCAAGAUGUCCAUCCCCAACAAUAUCAAGGUCCUGGUGUAGGCGCCCCUCCCGGGCAUCAGUGGGGCCCUCCGUCAGGACCAAAUCAAGUUCUCCACAGCUCCACAUCUGCAUUACAACCUCAAUCACAAGAUUGGAACCGCCGACUUGGAGAGCCUCCACAUCAGCCCUCCCAGCCUCAGUCCUCUGGACCUUAUGACCGCCGAGAUCCUCCAAGACCACCACCUUCGCAAAGGCCGCUCAGUCCACGAAUAGAUUCACUUAGGCAAUACCAAGAGCCUCCUCGUGACGCCCCAAUUCGGCGCUCACCGCCACCGCCCUUGAACCAUCCGGCUCCCAGCAGUUAUCCUGCGCCCCAAGCCCUACCACAGCCACAGCCGUCUGCCCCACAGCCAAGUACUUCGAGUCGACUCACAAGCUCAGCGUAUGGACCUGCCGACCCGGGUGUUCGAUUUCCUGCCACUGGCCCUCAAGGCCCCAGUAUGAACGCACCUCCGUAUGGACGCCCUGGCAGUCCACCUCCUGACAUCAAGCCUCUCUCCGACGUUAGACCACCUUCACCAGGUCAUGGCCCGCGACAGCAACCGUAUCAGCAUCAACCGAGCGGUCCGCAACCAGCGAUAGUGGCGGGCGCUCCUCCACCUGCCGCAGCGUUUGCGGCGGCUGAGGCAGCAGCCCGAGACCGAGAUGAUCGACCGCACCCUCAUAUCAUGAACAAUAGCUUGAAACGAACACAUGAACCUGAUGAAGAGAUGAGAACACCAAACAAGUAUGCUGCCAACGGCGACAAUAGGAGCAAGUUGGAAGACUCAUACCAUCGGCGGCCAUCACCACCUGAUAGGAAGCCAUCUCCCCGACAGCUGCCAAUUUCGCCUCGACUGCCGUCUCCUCGCGGUCGAGCACCUUCGCCUCCGAUGCACCAUCCUAGUCGCAGUGCAUCCAUCCAACGGAGGGAUGAGCAGCGACGGGCGGACGACUCUUAUCACCCUUCGGAAGCGGCUCACCAUCCCCCCACUUUGCCUUCCAUGCAGCUUCAACAAAAUGAGCCUCCAAGCCAAGCUAGCGCACCGGAACCUAUCAAGGAUGAUAAGAAGGAAACGUAUGAAGGGCCGGCUCGAAAAAUGGAUGUCGAUGAGAACUAUGACGACGAGAUGGAGGAAGAAAAGAGAAAGACGGCGUCUGGGGGCCGCAACAGUCCCCAGCGAGCUAAUGCAAUUGGAGCGGCGGCGGUAGAGACAGACGCUUAG